AUGGUGGUCACGGAACUUAUAGAAGUGGGCAAGCUCACAUUCGGCGGCCUAGCGGUUGUGGCGGCGCUUAUUGCGUCGGGUGGCUUUAUAAUUGAAACAAUGAAGACUUUAAACCCUAUGACGCCCCCAGGGUUCAUGGUGCAAGUUGCUGGAUCGAACGGAGAGCUAAUUGACGUCCACGUGCAGCGUCGAGCGGCCGACGUGGCCGAGUUUGCAGCUGUCGUGAGUGUAGAUCGACCGGGACUGGGCUUUUCCAAGCCUGGAGCUAAGCCACGAACCUCCACGCAAAUUGUCAGCGAGUAUAAACAGAUUAUCGAGAAACUCAACGUGACGGGAAAUGUGGUCCUAGUGGCUCAUGGAGCAGGAGGGUAUAACAUGAGACAACUGGCAGAGGAGCUGAAGAUGACACCGGGAAGCAGCAGCCCUACGUGUGGAGGACUGGUGCUGGUCGACACCUUGCAGGAAAACUUGCGUGGCAAGUUGGAAAGCGUCUCAGCAGUCGUGCACAAAUCGCUGUCGGAGAUGGACAGCAACGGCGAGUUGGUACUGCGACUCGCGCGCUUAGGGCUCAUCCGACUAAUUAAUGUUGUGCAAUACUCUCAGUUGGAAACGAAGUAUUCUGCUGCUGCGUUGCCGUAUGUCCAGUACUUUUUGCCGUCACCGGCUCAUCGUGAAGGUGUGUUACGUGAAGCCCAGGCCAUUCCGGAGACGGAGCAGCGUUUCCGGGACUCUGCGUCCGGUGCGUUGCCGUUCGAGUUCCCGUGCGUUGUGCUCUCACACGGAAAGGCUGGUAUGUUUGACAGCAUGAAGAUGCAGAAGGGUGUUACUCCACAAACUUUGGCAGACUUGGAACGCAAGUGGCUAGACGCCCAGACCGAGCUUGCGAACACGAUUAGUAAGCGGACCGUGCAUCUCGUGGUUCACGAUGCUGGUCACUGUAUCCACCACGAGAAGCCGGAAGUGGUUGCAAAGGCUGUUCGUGCCUUGGUGGAUGAGAUCCACGGUGAUGUCGAAAAGAACCAUGGUUUGAUGUUGCUCACGACGGACGCGUAA